AUGAGAUCCCCUCAACGCCGCUCGUCAGAGGCCCGUAUCAAUGGGGCAGUUCUGGUGGACUCUAGUUCGUCAGCAUCCUUGGAAGGAGUCCCACCAGCAAGAGAACAAGACACAGUUCGUCAACGUGUACGGACAAGGUCCGGUGAGCAAGUUGAACUCUUAGAGCAGGUGGAACAGGCCAAUGGAACAAAGACGUCUUCCUCCCGAUUGACUCUCAAAUAUGAGGAACUGAUGCCUUGGCAGAUGGACAACUUUUACAUCCGUAGUGGAUACAGACGCCUUCAGAACUCGUACAAGGGCUGCAUGAGAUCUCUCUUCUACCUUCACAAUGAAACCGGCAACAUUUUCUCUCAUUUUCUGGGAGCCCUAGGAUUUGUCGCCUCCUUUUUUGUGACCUACGGAUAUGCAAUCGAGGGAGUGGAUACCGUUACAUACGCGGAUCAGACUGUGAUAGCCGUAUUUUUGUUCUCAGCGGUGGCGUGCCUUGGACUGUCAGCCUUCUUCCAUACCUGCAUAUGUCAUUCCCAGGAUGUUUGCAUUAUGUGGAAUAAAGCGGAUUACGUAGGGAUUGUCUUAUUGAUCUGCGGAUCUACGGUACCCACGAUAUAUUAUGCGUUUUACUGUCAUGAUACCCUUAAAAGGAUUUAUCUCGCCAUGACUACUCUCUUUGGAAUCCUCACGCUCUUUAUGUGUUUAUCGUCAAGAUUCGCAACACCAGAAUAUCGAUUCAUUCGAACUGGAAACUUUGUUGCACUAGGGUUGUCUGGAGUGAUACCCUUGCUGCAUUCAAUAAAUCUGUAUGGGUUCAACUUUGUGUCCGGAUCGCUGGCCUUUUGGAAUCUUGUCAUCAUGGCCGCGCUCUAUUUGGCGGGAGCCGUUAUUUAUGCGAGCAGAAUACCAGAGCGAUGGUACCCGGGCCGCUUUGACAUUUGGGGUCACUCACAUCAAAUAUUCCAUGUUCUGGUCGUAUCGGCGGCUACGGUCCAUUAUUUUGGGGUCAUGUCAGACUUUCGCUUCUGGCAUGCGGAGAACCCGCACUGCUCCGUGCCAACAGAUCAACUUGUUGCGCGGUUCAGCCAUUAA